AUGUCGCGCCCGCUACUGCCCGAGUCAGCAUACGCAGCUCUCGGCCUUCCUCCUGAAGCAAUCAAAGACCUGAUGAAUCCCAAGCCUCCGCCGCCUGAACCCCCUGAAAUUCACGCGCCGAACUUGCUCCAGAGUGAUGAGGACAAUGCGCGACCCAUGUCGCCCAACGAGACUUCUAUAACGCUAUACGCCGAGCUUCUGCUGCAUAUACGCACUGUGACGCUUUUCGCGUCGCUACGCACGAAUUACUCGCGGUCGACUGCUGCGAAGCUGUCUUCUGAUGGGUCUUACAUCACUGUAUCGCAUGAGGGCCAGUCUGCGUCAAUACGUCUGCCCGUCAACAUCGAGGGUGGAGGUGAUGCCGCGCUCGAACUUCCAUCGCAGCCCCCAACCAAAGAGCUCACGCUACGUCUCCAACUAGAAGAGCGCGAAGGAAGCGACCUCCUUAAGACACUGCACCGCGAGGACCGACAAGCCAACAUUGUACCAUGGGAUGGCGCUUCACUCAACGAUGCACAGGAUUUGGAGGUUACCUGUAAGAACUGUCAAGGCGUUCUUGUACCGAAAGGGAAGAUUCAGCAGUGGAGAGACCUACCCAACGAGAAUUGGGCUGAGAUGAUGGACUUUUGGCACUGCCAUAAGCCAGAUGAGCACCACUUGCACGAUCAUACGCAUGAUGAGGUUGUCGGUCAGAAGGGUUAUGCGGCUGGUAAUCGUCUGCAGGCUGUAGGGGGUGUAGGAUUCGUUGAUCUGGCCACAUUCUUACUGGCGGAGCCGGAUUGUGAUGGCGCACAGCUCUCCUCCGAUGAAGGCCCACAAAAGGGCCUAAUCCAAUGCGCUCACUGCAAGCACACGAUCGGCACCCAGGAUCCUACUACCUCCGGCUGGCGAAUACGAAAGUGGGCUAUCGGCAUGCGAUCUACAACAACUACCAUGCCAUCCUCUUCCCCAACAACCUACAAGAUCCAGAAAUGGAUAACAGCCCGCCUCCUCCACUUAAUCGAAAAUACGGGUCUACGCAAAUUUCAUAUCCACACCGCUCCACCACCCCACUCGCAGGAACCCAUACCUUCCAUCCUCGUCUGGGCCUUCACCCCUGACUUGCUCUUCUCUUCUUCUAUACCCACGCCUGAUCGUCUUGAUCCCACACGCACGAUGAAGGUUUUCUACCAGAAGCAGACCUGGCAAGCUUUGAAGCCGGGGGAGCCGGAGAGUGCGCAGAUAGAGGAUGUGGAAUUUCCCCAAGAUUUGUAUGGGGAGUUGGAAGGGGCGCUCGAGCAGAGUCAGGCAUUACUGCCACCGACUGCAAGGAAGUUCCAGGGAUGGGAUGUUGGAUUAUUGUUGAGGUUUGAGGUUGUUGAGGCUGGGAUGGGGGUUGUGAAUGGUGAGGAUAGUAAGGAUGAAGGAGCUAGUGCGAAUGGGUUGUCUUGCGAGAUACCAUCAGAAGAUGUUGAUUGA